AUGAGCAACAAUAAUAGUAGUAGUAGAUCAUUGUCAAUGAUAAUACUAGUGCUACUAGUAUUAUUAACUAUUUAUAAUAGUAAUGGUGGUGUAGUUCAAUCUACUAUCAUCCGUGCUAAUCAUAAUAAUAAUCAAAAUAAUAAUCAAAAUAAUAAUAACAAGAAUAAUGAAUAUAGAACACAGUUACAUGAUAAAUCUACUGUUACACCAUCGACAAUUGCAACUAGAAUAGUAAAGAAUAAUAAUAAUAAUAACAAUAAUAAUGUAAAUAAUAUCAACGACAACAACAACCCAAUCCCAAACAAUGGUAGCAAUGUAAGGACAGAUAUAUGUCUACCAUGUGUAGAUUUCUUCAACUCUUAUCUACCAACAAUCAUCAAGAUUGUAACAGACUAUGGUGUCAUUGAAUCAUGUUCAAAGAUUUGUGGUUACUUGAAUAGUACUGUCGAGGCUGAUGUAUGUACUGGUCUAUGUGAUCUAGUUGGUGUAAAUGAAUUUUGGAAGAUCUUUUUACUUGAUGAUAUCAAUCCAAUUUAUGCAUGUCAGAUGGUCACCGCAUGUGUUACACCAAAGAGUCCAGCAGCCAAUUUUGACAGUGUCACAAUGACACCAACCGUUGGAGUGCCAGGUGACACGUUUACCAUCUCACUCAACUUUACCGUUGUCAAUGCAACCGGUGUCGGACAGUUUAGUUAUAUCGUCUACUAUGUUGCCACACAGAGCAAGUACAUGUACAGCCUGACUUUUGACAGCUACCCUCCAGGCUCUUACAAUCAAAACUUUACCUUUUCAACAAAGAAUAAUGCUACUUUCCCAUUAGGUGAUUAUCCAGUUGCAUUAAUGAUGUGUUCAGCCGAAUGUGGUACUCAUACACCUUAUAGUGUACCAUUGAAUGAAACUCAAGUUGUAUUCACUCUUGAAACCAUUCCAAUCAACAAGACCAAUAUUGCUUCAUUCCAAUCGCAAUCGGUCAUCUCUGCAGAGGAGGAUACUCCAAAGAAGAAGAAUCAUGUUGUUGAACUUCCACUUCCAUCUUUCAAGUAA